AUGGACCGCUAUGAUGUUGCUGUCAAACAGCUAUAUGUCAUCUCGAUAGCCUGCCUCCUCCUUGCAAGUGAGUAAGCUUGCCUGUUAAUGCAUACAUGCUGUUGCGGUUAUUACUUGUCCGUAGGGGAACAAGUAAGCUGUUUAUUGGUUAAAUGCCCUGAGCUGAUGAAAACAUUUUUAUUUCAAUUUAUUAAACAAAAUAUUUUUAGGUUGUUUAUUUUGAGCAGGUAUCAUCUAAAGCAUUUUUGAAACCAUGGAACAGGAAAAGACUAUUGGUCCUGCCCAGAGAGUAUGAUAUUUAUUGCUGUUCCACCAGGCCUUUGGUCAGGGCGCAGCCUGACCCCCUCCUCUGGCAAUCUGCACAGAAUUUUGCUUAAUGGUUGCCAUCAAUUUGAUUUUAAUUAAUUUUAUAAUGAAUGUUUUUAGAAUGUUGGAUUAUUUUGAUUGUUGUUAGCCGCCCUGAGCCCAGCUUCGGCUGGGGAGGGCGGGAUAUAAAUAAAAAUUUAUUAUUAUUAUUAUUAAAUAGUUGACUAUUGCUCUUUGCAGUUUCUGUUGCUUUUAGAACAGAGUAUCAACAACUUUGCCUAGAAUUUCCUGCAGCGAUGUACUUUUUUUUUGCUCGUAUGGGGAGGAGCCUUAAGUUUCAAGCUGUGCUUAAGAGAAAAGGGAUUCUCAGCUGUUACAGAGAGUAACAGGUUCAUUUUUAUGCCUUUUAAAUGAGGCCGUGGGUGAUGCUUUUCCUUCAGAUCACCCCUUGCAUUACUGUAUUAUUCAGAGCCUGUGGGGCCCAUCACACUGACAUUUAAAUAUUACUCGAUAAUUGUGGACUGAGCCCAUGGAAAGGGGUUCCUGUUACAUUUAGAGGGCACCUUUGACCCCUGCCAUAUUAUAUUCAUGGAGAGCAGAUACUGUGCCAGUUCAUUCUCAAACUGCAGCCCUUUCUAUGUACUUACCUAGUGAUCCAUCCUGAGCUAUAUCCUCCUAGAAUCCCUUUCGUUUUGGGCCACUUUAGAAAAACAUAGUUGUCAGCCUUGCACAGAGACACGUGUCCUAAUAACCCAAAGCUUUGUACAAGGGAGAAAGUGCAGGUGGGUAACUUCGGAACCAACCCUUAGAGUAGCCUUCCACCAUGUGGUGCCCUGUGCAUGGUCCUCUCUGACCACUGGCCAUGCUAGUUGAGGCUGAUGGUGAGUUGGUGUCCAAUUUCGACAGAGGGUCCAAGAGCAAGUUAGAGAAGGCUUGUUUAGAGCCUCUCAAGUCUCUUUUUAAAGACUACAGCCGGCAAAAAGAAUAAUUGCAGGUGGAUUAACCAGGCCAAGAUAGACAGGAUCUACUUUUUGCCAACCUCAUGCUUGUAUAGCUUGUCCUGUUAGCAUGUUGUAUAUAUUCCUGUCCAAAGCUGCUAUACUGACAUAAUAUUUUGUCUGUUUAAGGAUAAUAAUAAUUGUUCCCCGGCCACAGCCGGGCUCAGGGCGGCUAACAUCAUAAAACUAACAUAGUAUACAAAGAACAUAAGAACAUAAAACAGGCAAUCAAUUAAUUAAAAUACAUCUUAAAAUUAGUUCAGAACAAAUUAAAAUCUGGACAGAUGGCAGUCGACAGGUAAAAUUGAGAGUGGUUGAUAUUCUCCAGGGCCAAAUGUUACCACUAGUCUUAUAAAGGACCUGUGAGCAGGCUAGGAGGCCUCUUUAAUGCUUAUUCUUAUACAGAAAGAAAAGAAUCACACUGAACCACGACAAAAGGCCUGGUGGAACAGCUCCGUCUUGCAGGCCCUGCGGAAAGAUGUCAAAUCCCGCAUGGUCCGGGUCUCUUGUGAGAGAGUGUUACACCAGGCCGGGGCCACAGCUAAAAAGGCCCUGGCUCUGGUCGAGGCCAGUCUAAUCUCCCUGGGGCCUGGGAUCUUCAGAGUGUUAUUAUUUGCAGACCUUAAGGUCCUCCGUGGGGCAUACCAGGAGAGGGGGUCCCAUAGGUACGAGGGUCCUAGGCCGUAUAGCGAUGAGCAUUGUGUUACAGUAGUUGUUUUUUUGUUUGGUUUUCUUAAAAGGCCAGUCCUUGAUGAGGGUGGCCGCAGUGUUUUCAGAAGCAUCUAGAUUCCAAGGGAGCAAUCUAGAAAGGAGAUAAGGAAGUGGUUGUAAAACUACAAAAGCAGCAGAAGCUGUUCAGUGUCUUAUGGCUGCUACCCUUCCUCAGUCCAUUGUCUGGCCUUUGUAUUCCACUCUGGCAAAAAGGCGGGGCAGGAGAGAAAACUUUUCUACUGCAUAUUAUCUUAAAUCCUGCUAGGCUGGAAAAAUAUUGAUGGCAAAUAAAAGAAACUUGUCAAACUGGAGGAAAAAGGAUUCUUGGAAUUUGUUAAAGUAGAGACUGGACUGGGUUCUUCCAAGGCCUAUAAAUUUAAAUAUUGAGCAGUGCCUGUUGGAAGGGUUGGCAUAGUUGUUUAAAUCGCACUUUCCUAUUAGUAAUAGUUGACAUAAAAUAAAAGUGUAUAAUCAGAUAACCGGAUUGAACAUAAUGUGUAUUUUCCUCCUUUUUCUUUGACGUGUGGGCCAGCAUUUUUCCAUAUGUUCUGGUCUUGGUUAUGUACUGUAUUGCAUCUUUAUGUAAAAUAAUACAUUGCUUUCACACAUUGUGAGAUGCUCUAGUUUUCUUCCAUGUUGUCUCAUCAGUGAAAGUGGACUGCAUGCUUUUCCAAAGCUCCCAUAAUUUUAUACUCUGUACUAUUUGUGUUUGACUAGAGCAGACAUAGGCAAACUCGGCCCUCCAGAUGUUUUGGGACUACAACUCCCAUCAUCCCUAGCUAACAGGACCAGUGGUCAGGGAUUAUGGGAGUUGUAGUCCCAAAACAUCUGGAGGGCCGAGUUUGCCUAUGCCUGGACUAGAGUUUAUCUCAUGCAGUGGCAACGUCUGGCUGAUGAAUCUCUGAAUUCUGGGUUUUUCAGCAUUGGCUUCUAGCUGAGUUCAGGAGAAUCUAGACGGAGAGAAUACUUUGAACUCAAGUGGCUUGUUCUUUCUUUUCAAUAGGCAAGUUUGAAGAGAAGGAGGACAAGGUGCCCAAACUGGACCAGCUGAACAGCUUUGCUUACAUGUGUAGCCUUAACCUGGCGCUAACCAAGAAAGACCUGCUGAAGAUGGAACUUCUGCUCCUGGAAACUUUUAACUGGAAUCUCUGUCUGCCAACCCCGGCGCAUUACAUCGAUUACUACCUCUUUGCCUCUGUUAGUGAGAGCGAUCUGCACAAUGGCUGGCCUAUCACAUCCGUGACCAAAGUCAGAGCUUUCAUGGAGAAAUAUUCUCACUAUUUCCUAGAAGUCUCGCUGCAAGGUAAUUUCUUGGUCCAGAGGCCCAAGGCACAUGUCUGCCUUGCAGUAGCCUUUAUCAGGAUUAUAGCAGUCCUUGCAUGUGGGGAAACACUGCGUUUAAUGCAAAUGCCACCAAAAUAUUUGUCUCACCUUAGAAAAGGCAUGAAAACAAAGCUCAGGCUUUGGCAAAGGGAAUUCUUGCUCUUUGAGGCCUUGUUUUGGGGUUAGGCAUACUCUGGACCAAGCUAACCCACAACUUGUUUUAAUAUAUGGGGGCAGCGUAGAGGCUGCCACAAGUAGAAUUCCACUCUCAGGAUUCUCCUGUUGAAGGAAAGGUGGAAAUGUGAUUUUCAUCCAUUUUCCCUUUACACUGCAGCUCCAUAGGAGUUGGUUGUUGUCUUUUUGUGGAAGAAGUGUGAUUUCAACCCUAUGUUUGCCACUGCUUACCUCAGAGCAAAGAAGCCAACCUUUGCUUCUAGAACUUGGGAUGGUAAGCUUUUGCCACCCCACAAGGAAGAAGCAAGUUUGAGAACCUGUAAAAGCCACAUUUCCUCAAUUUUGCCCCUAAGCCAUUGCAAAAUAUAAAAACGAAAUAUGCCAUAUUUGGAUCUUAAAGCCAGGCAAUACUUGGCAUGUAGUACUGCAUGUUUGUCUGGAAGUAAAGCCCACGGAGUUUAAUGGCGUUUUCUUUCCAGUAUGAUUGCAGUCUUAAACGGUCUAUAAAAUCUGAGAUCAGAUGGCAACGAUCUGUCAGAUGCUGGCUUAAGAGCGCCCAUCGAAGCCUGAGUUAUUGCCCAUAAUAAAAGUUGCACUGCGCACACAAAGAGACUACAGUAGAUUUAGUGGCGUUGCUUGCAAUAAGUGCUGACCUAAGUUGACUUGCUCUCUCUUGAGCCAAAGCUGUCAUUGUGGUGUCUUAGUCUCCAGCCAGAAUACAUCACAUGAGCCUGCUGCCAGACUUAUUGGAAGAAGUUGACAAAGUCUUGCCAUUGAUGGAUGGAGGUGCUUGGGCCUAAUUUUGAAAUUCCUUUUCUUCCAGAUCAUGUUUUUCUCUCGUUUCGGCCUUCUCUGGUUGCUGCUGCUUGCGUGGGAGCCUCGCGCAUCUGUCUUGAGGUUUCUCCUUCUUGGACCGCACAGCUCCAGCUGUUAACUUGUUAUUCCUGGGAGCAUCUUGCUCCAUGUAUCGAACUCAUGCUUAUGUAAGUUUUGAAUAAAAACAGCCACCUGAUGAACAUUGUUUUAUUUAUGUGUUAGUUUUUUCAGGCUACUAAUAUGUCAAAUUAUCUAUGCGGACAGAAUUUCAAACAUUAACAUCUACCUGGUGUGACUCUUGACACCAUGUUGAUUGCAAACAUGUAGCGUCCCCAGUGCCCUGGCUAUUUACACUUGACAUAGCUGCCUGCCGUAUUAAUACAAUACUCAUGCAAAGAUCCGAAAAGCCUCAGUGGUAGAGCUGGUAUGCCCACUGGGAAACCUUGUUCCCUUUCUGUACAGAUGAGCGCAGUUAUUUAUGACAUGGCUAAAUUUAGUGGCCCAUUCCUUUUCUUUAAAAGCUCUGGUACACACAUCCAGACCCUGGUCUACUAAUUUCUCAUUGCUGGUCUAGGACAUAAGAUGGCAAAUGGUAUUUUGGUGUCUGUAACUUUAUUGUAAAUACUAUAAUUUUCAGUGCGGCUUUUGGAAACAUGAUUCUAAUGCCUGCCAAAUGGCCUGGAGCAUUCCCAGACAUAGGUGUAGAGCAGUGUUUCCCAAACCUGGGUCUCCAGCUGUUUUUGAACUACAGUUUUUGAACUACAACUCCCAUCAUUCCUGACAACUGGUCCUGCUAGCUAGGGAUGAUGGGAGUUGUAGUCCCCAAAAAACCCCAGCGAUUCCUAGUUACUUACCUGUCACAUUUUAUUUUUCUGUUUCAAAACCCUGGCCUUUAAGCUUGUGUGUGAUUUUAUUUUUAUCUAACAGAGCUCAUGAUAAGGACAUCAAAGAAGCCAACAAGGAAAAGGAUCGUGUGAAGCUGUUGCAGCAGCAGCAGCAAGUUGUGGAAAGCCUCAGCCUUCAAACCCCGACUCAAGUUCUCUUCCAGCAAUCGCGUUACCAUCCCCUGGCUCAGCAUUCGGCUGUCGUUCCGCAGUUCCACUCCCCAAUACAGGAUCUGUGCUCAGCUUACCGGGACUCUUUACAAGCUCCUCGACUGAGUGGCCUUGCCUCGGGCCACCAUAGCGACUCCCUGCAUUCCUACUCCACCCUGCAGGCCAGCUUUCAGCCUGUUUUGCAAACAGUGUCCAUUCAAGGGCCUAUCACCAUGCAGGUAGCCAUUUCAACGGAGCCUAGGCACUGCCUCGCUCUGACCUAUGGCAGUAGCUAUUUUAGCGGGCAUCCUUCUUACACAACAGGUUGUUUUGAUGGAUGA